GGUAGAAAUCGAGAGCUGAAAAUGAGCGCGAUGCAAACGGGACGUGACAACGAGCCGGGGCCGAAGUUCGUAGGCUUGCAAACGAACAUUCUAAUUUAUCUAGUACUCUCUCAAUUUCUCAUACAAAUUGGCACCUUUAUUUAUCUGUGUGCGUACAUUUCGCGACUGGAGAGCGAGAUCCAAGACCUGGUCGCUCAGGUUGCUGAUGACGACGCUGAAAACACCAUUGAGGGGACUAACGACUCCGUUAGGCGAAAACGCAGCAGUGCUCUUCCUCUUUCUGAAGAUAAUGCCGUCUCCGAGGUCUUUAGGAUUAGGAAUGAAAAAGAUUCAGUAAAGGAGAUGAAAAGAGGCACAAUACCGCCGGAUGGAGCACCCGGUGAUGCGAUAUCGUCCCUGGUACCCAACAGCGACAGCUGGGUUUGGUUGACGGCUGACACACGUGUACCAUUCGACGCGAUGGACGCACUCUGCAGAAAAUCAGCAGAAUUCUGUCCUCCAGGACUGCCAGGCAUCCCUGGGCCUCCAGGAGUUCCCGGAGAUCGGGGACUGCCCGGAAUAUCAGGCCCAAUAGGUCCAGAAGGGCCACCGGGAAUUCCAGGGUACACUGGAGAACGUGGACCACGUGGAGAACCCGGACCUCCUGGCUUUGACGGCCGUGACGGCAUCCCCGGAGAGCCGGGACUCGACGGCAUACCUGGAAGAAGUGGUCUUGACGGGAUUCCGGGGACUGACGGUAAAGCUGGCCGCGACGGGAUUCCCGGAUUGCCUGGACGAAAUGGGACAGACGGCAAAAGAGGACUCAAAGGCUCCACUGGACUCCCAGGACCUCAAGGGCCACCCGGCGCUCGAGGAGAACGCGGUAUUCCAGGAACUCCGGGAAAAGACGGGACUCCAGGAAUGCCCGGAGUGGUGGCUUGGGAAGUCAGGAGAAAUGACAGCAGAUCCAAUGAACUGCUCAUACCGCCCUCUAUUCUCAGUGAGAACCUUCCGAGACACGUCACCUCUGUACCGGAGCGGUCAUAUUUGCAAUUGCAGUGCGGGGCUAGCGGUAAUCCGAGACCUGUUAUCCAGUGGUCGAAGACCAGCGGUGCGGCGAUACCCAUCGGCUCUUGGCAUCAUUCGUCAGUAAUUGGAACUAUUCUGAAUAUUACCGUUGUUAACCGAGAACAUAUGGGAGAAUACAUGUGUAUAGCUGACAACGGAAUACCGCCUCGGGCUAGUUACAAAUUUCGUCUCGAGGUACAAUUUCCGCCGUUCAUCAGAGUCUGUCAUCAGACAAUAAGAGUCCAGUUGGGCGGGAUGGCUAUUUUGGAGUGUGACAUUGAAGCUUUUCCCGAACCGUCUGUUUGGUGGGAAAGAGACGAUGGCAAGCCUUUGGAACAGUCGCCUAAACACCGAAUGGAAGUUUAUGACAAGAGAGAUUUGUACAAAUUCAAAAUGCGGCUAAACAUCACGAAAAUAACGUACCAAGAUCACGGGUCGUACCACUGCGCGGCGAAGAACGUGAUGGAUAUAACAAAGGGCACGGUAAUGGUUUAUGACGGCACGAAGAGAGUAUCGAUGGAUAGCGGCGAGUUACGGCGCGAGGUGGUUUAUGGGGAGCGACCACCCAAAAAAGUAGACAUACAUGAUAUUUGUCCGCCUCAGCUCAGCUGUGAUAAUUGCCCGCAAAACAAAUGCGGGUUUUCCGACUUCGGUGGGUGCUUUGACAUCAGGCAGCUCGUCAGCAAUGUUAAUUACACCGGAUUAUCGCCUCGACAGGGUGUGGGGAUACUGGAAGCCGUCGGAAAGCCGGUGUUCAAAGGGAAUAUGGAUGAUACUCACGGAUAUUGGAUGUAUGACGCUUUGCCUCGAACAGAAUCCAUAUCUGAGAAGCUCUGGGUCACACGCAGCAACAACUCCUGGUAUAUAUUUGAGUAUAACAAAAAAGACGAUGUCAAGAGAGGUCAAUCACGCUCCAUACGGCUGCCCUAUCCAUUCAAGGGUAACGGACACGUUGUGUACAAUGGAUCAUUUUACUACAACCCGGAAAAUCGGAGCUCAAUUUACCGUCUGGACCUGGGGAGUGCGCAGAGCACCCACAAUAAGCCGCAGUAUCACAUGGAGCUAAUUCUGCCGGGAUUAAGAAUAAAUGAUAACAACUACUUGUAUUCACGUGACCACGACUCGAGCUACGUGGAUUUUGACGUAGAUGAGAACGGUUUAUGGGUCAUUUAUGGUCUGCCGUUGAACUACACCGCAGUGUUGAAAGUUGAUACCGUAAACAUGCGAGCUCAACAGGCCUGGAAUAUAAGUAUCGACCAUCACAGAUUCGGGGAGAUGUUUAUUGCCUCUGGUGUGCUUUACGCAGUUCACAACGUCACUGGGCCUAGUUUAGAAAUACGACUUGCGUUGGAUUUGUACAGACACGCGAUCCUCGACGUCCACCUGUCGUUUUCAAAUCCCUUUCGCAAAACGACAAUGAUCCGAUAUAAUCACAAGAUGAAAGAACUGUACACAUGGGACAAAGGAAAUCUUCUCGCAUAUCCGCUGUACAUUUCAUUGAUUUCACGUGGUUAUAAAGCUUCAGCGUGUCAUUGUUCUCCAAUAAAAAAAAAUAUUGAGAUAAAAACAAUGUAUAAAUAA